GUCGGUUGUUCUGACUAAAUCAACAUUUCAAAGUCUAGUCAAAGCGAAACAAAGAUUAAAACACAACAUUAAAGAAAAAAAAUUCGACAAAAGAUUGGAAUUCGAAUGCUACUACAACUCAGGAUGACCAUGACAUUGAAUUGGUUGUUAUGUCUCGUCUGCUUGUUUGAUGCAGCAGACAUGAUCAAGGGUCAAAGUGACAUAGGCUAUUUUUGGCACGUGACUGACUUUCACUAUGACCACACUUACAGUGGCGAGAAACUGUCGUGCAAUGACCAGGACAUUCCAAGUCAACUACCUGCGUAUGGAGACUACUGGUGCGAUGCCACUUGGAAGCUGGUGAUGGACAGCAUCAACGCUAUGGCCACCAUCAAGCCAGAUGUGGACUUUCUCAUCUGGACAGGUGACACUGUAGCACACAUAUCUGACGACAAAUUGAGUCUGGAACUCACCCUGGAGGUGAUCCAGAACUUAACAAAUGCACUGAGUCAAAGGUUGGGCAAGGUGCCAGUCUACGCCUCUCUGGGAAAUCAUGACUUUUAUCCUAACGGGCAGGCCAGCCCCGUUGUGGGGCACCCGUUCUACUCAAACAUAGCAGACAUGUGGCAGGACUGGGUGCUGAAUCAGUCAAAGGCCAUCGAUGACAGUAGACAAGGUGGCUACUACGCUGUCAAAGUGAGCCCAAACGUUCGUCUGCUAGCACUCAACACAAAUCUGUAUUACAAAAGCGACAAACUCACUCCCAAUGUGCCAGAUCCUGUGGGUCAGUUUGCAUGGAUGCAGAGACAACUUCAGGAAGCCAAAAGUACUGGAGAAAAAGUCAUCCUGACAGGUCACGUGCCUCCUGGGCUACCAAUUCCAGAGAUCACUGACUGGUACUGGCCAGUGUUUAAGACCAAGUUUAUGGACAUCCUAUUCAAUUACACAGACAUAAUAGUGGCUUUACACUUUGGACAUGAUCAUUAUGACAGCUUCAAGAUUUUACAAAGUGUUGAUGGCACCAAAGCUGUACCACAGUUUAACGCCCCGGCAGUGACGCCAUGGCGGCACAAGGUGAAAGAAGAUGGCGUGGAGAAGGUUGGAGAACCUCACAACCCUGGUCUGAGGCUCAUCAAGUACAACCGCAGCACUGGAGCACAACUGGACUACGCACAGUACUUCAUCAACAUCACCAAGGCCAAUGCUGGGGCAGAGGGGGCCGUAUGGAGACUUCUGUAUAACUUCACAUCUACCUAUGGAGUCUCAGACAUGAGCGUAGACUCAGUGAAAAGUAUUUUCAAGAAGAUGGAGGACAACUCUAGUCCACUCUACCAGAAGUUCUGCAACAACUGGGUGGUCAGUGACUUGGACAAGAAGUGUACUGACGACAUGAGGGCUAACGUUUGGUGUGGCGGUCAGCACUAUAUACUAGCCAAAGCCCAGCAGUGCAGCAAAGACAGACAAAAAGCAAGCAAUGAUGCCCGCCGUUUGACUUGGAGUGCCUCUCUCAUAUUUUUCUUAUGUUUAUUAUUUUCUACCAAGUUAUAGUUUGAUGCUUGAAUUAUAUAAUGUAUAAGUGCACAUUGUUUAUAACAUAUGAACGAUGUGUUGCUCAAUAUCUCAUACACCAUAUAUAAUCUUAUACAUCAGAUCUGAACGAAAUGGUUGUCUCCCUUCCAUUAGGACUAAAACAGAAAGAUUUAAAAACUCCUUCAUCCCACUUUCGGUCAGAGUGUUACAAGGUCAUCUGUCGUCAUUGAGAAGUACAUAGAAGUCCAAUUCAUAAAGCGCUGGUUGUAAGUGUGUAUGUGUUUCGUGUGUGAAUGCUAUUCUUAUUUACAUCUAUAAUGUUUAAUUGUUAUUGUACAGUAGUUACGCUGAGAUGGUCAAUUGUAAUCAAACUGAAUUUCCAUUUGAUUGGAUCAAUAAAAAGUAUCUUACUUUA